UAACAUCCCAUCCCUCCAGGCUCUGACUUUGAAGGAUACUCCCAGCUGUUAAGCCCCCAUCCAUCCCGGGCAAGAAUAGAAACCAGCGCCUCCGGCCGCCCGCGGCCUCCCUCCCUCCCCCGGCGGCGAUCGAUGCGGCCUCAGCCGCGGGGGACGGGAACACAGGAAAGGAGGGGGCCGCCUGGCCUCCGCUGUAGUGAGGCGCAGCGGGGCCUCCCGGGCAGAAAACAGCCCGAGAGGCGUCUUUUGGAGACAGGCACACUGGACUCCCUGGAGUCUAGGACAGAGUCUCUCCAGUGUGGUCCAGACUACAGAGCAGGGGACAAACCAGAAGCUCGGAGAAGCAAUGGGUCCACUCAGGUCAACAGCUAGGGAGUGGCAAAUUCAGAAUCUGAAAGCAGAUCUGAUGAAAAGAAGGGGCACGAUUGUGAUGUUGACUGAGCACCCAUUGUGUACCAGGGAUUUUGCAUGUAUUCUCAUAAGAGUUCAUCCAGUGCCCCGCUCUCCGUUCUAGAGGAGGAUACUGAGGUUCAGAAGAGCCACCAUACACACCUGGUUUCCUAAGCCCAAGCUUGUCCAGGACAAGGAGAGAUGUCCCACACUAGCGCUUAGCCGAUGGCAGGCCAGCCAUCCCGCCAUCCCAUCGCUUCUAAAGCCCUUUAAGGGCAGCACCCCUGAGCCAUGGUGAGCGAAUCCCCGGGGCCGGGCUCCAGGGUGCCCUGGCGGCCAAGAGAUGAGGCGCUGCGCGUGAACGUGGGAGGAGUGCGGCGGCUGCUGAGCGCGCGUGCUCUAGCACGCUUCCCGGGCACACGGCUGGGUCGCCUACAGGCGGCGGCGUCCGAGGAGCAGGCGCGGCGCCUGUGCGACGAUUACGACGCUGUGGCGCGUGAAUUCUACUUCGAUCGGCACCCGGGCUUCUUCCUCGGCUUGCUGCACUUCUACCGCACUGGCCACCUGCAUGUGCUGGACGAGCUGUGCGUCUUUGCCUUCGGCCAAGAGGCCGACUACUGGGGCCUGGGCGAGAAUGCACUGGCCACGUGCUGCCGCGCGCGCUACUUGGAGCGGCGGGUGACAAGGCCUCGAGCCUGGGACGAGGACAGCGACGCGCCGAGCAGCGUGGAUCCAUGCCCCGACGAGAUCUCCGACGUGCAGAGGGAGCUGGCACGCUACGGUGCAGCCCGCUGCGGUCGCCUGCGCCGCCGCCUCUGGCUCACCAUGGAGAACCCGGGCUACUCGCUGCCCAGCAAGCUCUUCAGCUGCGUGUCCAUCGGCGUGGUGCUUGCCUCCAUCGCAGCCAUGUGCAUCCACAGCUUGCCGGAGUACCAAGCCCGGGAGGCAGCGGCAGCAGUGGCCGCAGUGGCUGCGGGUCGCAGCGCAGAGGACGUGCGCGAUGACCCGGUGUUGCGCCGCCUGGAGUACUUCUGCAUCGCCUGGUUCAGCUUUGAGGUGUCAUCGCGCCUGCUGCUGGCUCCUAGCACGCGCAACUUCUUCUGCCACCCGCUCAAUCUCAUUGACAUUGUGUCGGUGUUGCCCUUCUAUCUCACACUGCUGGCUGGCGCGGCGCUUGGUGACCGGCGUGGAGCCAGCGGAGAAGAGCUUGGAGACCUGGGCAAAGUGGUGCAAGUGUUCCGCCUCAUGCGCAUCUUCCGUGUGCUCAAGCUGGCACGUCAUUCCACUGGGCUACGCUCGCUGGGUGCCACACUCAAGCACAGCUACCGUGAGGUGGGCAUCUUACUGCUGUACCUGGCCGUGGGUGUGUCAGUAUUCUCGGGUGUGGCCUACACAGCUGAAGAAGAAAACGUUGGCUUUGAUACAAUCCCUGCCUGCUGGUGGUGGGGCACCGUGAGCAUGACCACAGUGGGCUAUGGGGAUGUGGUGCCGGAGACUGUAGCUGGCAAGCUGGCGGCCUCAGGCUGCAUCCUAGGUGGCAUCUUGGUGGUGGCACUCCCCAUCACCAUCAUCUUCAACAAGUUUUCCCACUUCUACCGGCGCCAGAAGGCACUGGAGGCUGCGGUGCGGAGCAGUGGGCAGCGUUCCUUUGAGGACUUGCUGAGCAGCGUGGACGGGGUAUCAGAGGUGUCUCUGGAAACAUCUCGAGAGACUUCUCAGGAGGGGCAGUCUACAGACCUGGAGACCCAGGCCCCUUGUGAGCCUGCAAAACCUCAAAGUUAUUAAAACCAGGGCUCUGCAUUCCCUCCCUACAGCCUCAGAAUCAGCUGACAGAGCAGAGCCCUCCCCUGCUUAAGUUCUGCACGGGAGUCAUCCACCUGAGCAAUGAGACCUAAGCCCAAGGCAGGAUAGUACACAACAACCUCCUUUGAAGUAGAUACACACCAAGAGGAGGAAGAGGAUGGCCUCUAUAUGAGCCCCUUUAGCCCUGUGCUGGCAGAUAAUUAUCCCCAUUUCACAGAUGAGGGAACUGAAGCUCACUCGAAUGUCUCAGAGCUGAUAUAAAGAAGUCAAUCUUUUAACACUAAGUCUCAGGAAGGAUCUGGAGGCUGAGUCCUUUCACAAUCUGUAGGGUCCAUAGCACAACCAUCUUCAGUACUACUUUCUAGGGCUGACUUAUAGAGAAACCUGAACAGACCCUUCUGGGACUUAGACCCAGCUCUAUACCUGCUCUGGGCAAGGUGGCCAACCCCAUCCCCAGAACUAGAUCCUAGCCCAAAGGUCACAACUGGUGACACAGAGAGAAGAUUAUGGAGGAAGAACCGAUUUAUAACCAGCUCAGCUUUGAGUUCUUGGUGGCAGAGGGCUGCUGUGCAUGCUCCUGUCCUGCUUGGUCUUUGUCAACUUGACACAAGCCAAAGUUAUCCAGGAAGAGGAACCAUAAAUGAAAACACCUCCAUCUGAUCACCUGUAGGCAAGCCUGUGGAACGUUAUCUUGAUUAAUGACUGAUAUGGGA